UGAAGGAACAGAGAGAGGGAAAAGGCAAAAGAGAGGCUACAUCACCAUUGAAACAUUUGGCAAGGAGGCUUAUAGAAUAUUAUUAUUAUAGAUGAGACAGCUGGUCGUAUUUUGGCAAUAACACAAAGAAAAAGGUGCGGUUUUGUGAUUGACAGCAACAAGAGAGGCAGUUUUCAGGGUGUUUUUUCCUCUUCAUCCCUUUUGCCAUCAUCAGCAUGACAAGUGACAGUCGGCAAUAACCAGUAUUUUUGGCGCUGGGCAACAAACAUAAAAAAAAGCAACAAAAUCAUCUUUGAAUGCCACUGGAUAUACUCCUCCUCCUCGUUUGUGCGCCUUUUAGAAAGAAAACUACGCACUGAUUGAUCAUUUUGUGUUGUGUUGCUGACACACAACCUGCUGAAGGCAAAACUCCUCCUCCUCCUCCUCCUCCCUCCGCUUUUCUCUCAUCUUCUCCCGCCCUCCCUCCCUCCCUCCCUCCUCCCUCCCCCCCCCGGUCCUCUAUGCUCAGUUCGGUGUGUGUAUCCUCUUUCAAAGGGCGCAAGGGUGGGAACAAGUCGUCCAACAAAGCAUGUUACAGCGCAGACAUGACUUGUCCGUCGGAAAGCGAGAAGAUCGUGAUAAACUGCGGCGGCGUGCGCCAUGAGACGUACCGCAGCACCCUGAAGACGUUGCCGGGUACGCGCCUGUCGUGGCUGACCGAGCCGGACGCCUUCAGCAACUUCGACUACGACCCCAAACUGGACGAGUUCUUCUUCGACCGCCACCCGUCCGUCUUCUCCUUCAUCCUCAACUACUACCGCACAGGCAAGCUGCACUGUCCCAACGACGUGUGCGGGCCCUUGUUCGAGGAGGAGCUCGCCUUCUGGGGCAUCGACGAGACGGACGUGGAGGCGUGCUGCUGGAUGAACUACCGCCAGCACCGGGACGCCGAGGAGGCGCUGGACAGCUUCGAGACGCCCGAGCCGGACGCCCCGGACGACGACCCGGCGCUGCAGGGGGGCGCCGACGGGGACCUGAAGAGACUCUGCAUGCAGGAGGACGCGCGCAGGGCGGGAUGGUGGAAGACAUGGCAGCCCAAAAUCUGGGCGCUCUUCGAGGACCCGUACUCGUCCAAAUACGCCCGGUAUGUGGCGUUUGGCUCCCUAUUCUUCAUCCUCAUCUCCAUCUCCACUUUCUGCAUGGAAACGCAUGAGGCCUUCAACACCAUCCUCAACAAGACGGAAAACUUCACGGUGGGCAACGUGACGCGUGAGGAGAUCGUCUACGAGGUGGUGACCGACAGCUGGCUGACGUACGUGGAGGGCGUGUGCGUCAUCUGGUUCACCAUCGAGGUCCUCCUGCGAGUCAUCUUCUGCCCCGACAAGCUGGAGUUCUUCAAAAGCUCCCUCAACAUCAUCGACUUUGUGGCCAUUCUGCCCUUCUACUUGGAGGUGGGCUUGAGCGGUCUGUCCUCCAAAGCUGCCAAGGACGUCCUGGGGUUCCUCCGGGUUGUGCGAUUUGUCCGCAUCCUUCGAAUCUUCAAGCUCACCCGCCACUUUGUGGGGCUGCGAGUGCUCGGCCACACCCUUCGCGCUAGCACCAAUGAAUUCCUCCUGCUCAUCAUCUUCUUAGCCCUCGGUGUCCUCAUCUUCGCCACUAUGAUCUACUACGCCGAGAGAAUCGGCGCCGACCCGGACGACCCGACAGCGAGCGCCCACACCAACUUCAAGAAUAUUCCCAUCGGCUUCUGGUGGGCCGUGGUGACCAUGACCACGUUGGGCUACGGAGAUAUGUACCCGGAAACGUGGUCGGGGAUGUUGGUGGGUGCUCUGUGUGCCUUGGCUGGUGUGCUGACCAUCGCCAUGCCCGUUCCCGUCAUUGUCAACAACUUCGGCAUGUACUACUCUCUGGCAAUGGCCAAACAAAAGCUGCCCAAAAAGAAGAACAAACACAUUCCAAGAGCACCUCAGCCAGGGUCUCCCAACUACUGCAAGCCGGACGCCCUCGCCAUGGCUACCGCAUCCCCGCAAAGGCUCCUGGGGAAUGUCCUUGGUGGAGUGAUGGGGUCUGGAGGCCUUGGGGGUGACUGUCCUCUUGCCCAGGAAGAAAUUAUAGAGAUCAACAGAGACUCCAAGCAGAACGGCGAUGCGGCCUCGGCCGCCUUGGCCAACGAAGACUGCCCCACCAUCGACCAGGUGCUCAGCCCGGACGAGAGGAGCCCCAUCGGGCGGGGUCCCACCCGGGAACGCUACCAGCAGGACCGCGCCUGCUUCCUGCUUAACACCAGGGAAUUCCGAGCCACAGAUGGGAAUGUGCGGAAAGAGGCAGCAGCCCUGGCACCCAGCCCAGACUCCCCUCUGACUGAGGAUUGGUAUAAGAUGGAAGGGUCUCUGUUACAGCAGGACCUCAAUGCAAACUCCACCUCCUCCUGGAUCAAACCGUAGACCAGAGGUAACGAUGCAGAAAAACAAAAUCCAAACAAAUACGGCAACAGCCCGUAGGUGCAGUAGCUACACUUUUCUUUUUUCUUUUCUUUCCUUAGUUUAUUUCGAACAUGAACAUACUUACCGCAUCAUACAUCACACAAUGUCAUAUCAUUUCACUUUACAUCAUGUCCGAAAAGGAGUAGGAAGAAGCGAAGCUUAUUUAAUCCUACCCCUUUUACAAAUAUAUACAUUCAUAUACUGACUUCUUUUUGUAGUACAAUGACAUCCCUGAAUGAUUAAUGCAGCAGUUUUGUAAUGUAUAACUAGAAAAUUCCCGCGGAAAUUUUGAUGGGCCUGCUAUCUGUGCCCUCGACCUCUGGUCGGGGGUCGCCGGAAGCCGCCGUACUUAUGAGAUGGUGCCGAGUGUCUGUUUUAGGUGUCGUUGUACAAAAUGAGCCGCAGAGCUAGCCUAAAACAGUAGCAUGUUUACACAAAAAUGAUAACACGUAGCAUGUGUGCUAACGAUAGCAUGAUAACAGUCGCCAUGUUUCAUAUACCAAGUUGUACGACUCAAAGGUGAAAAAAAAGGAAAAUUAGAAGAAAAAGUUAGCAUGCUUAAGUUAGCUUGCUAGCAUGCUAUUGUUUGCAUGCUAACAGGUAACAAGUGUCACAUACCAAGUUUUAUGACCCUGGACGAAACGGUUGCAAAACUAGCUAAAAAAGUGAGCAUGUUAAUUUUAGCGUGCUAGCAAGCUAUCGUGAGCAUGGUAACGGUUAGUUUGUGUCACAUACCAAGUUAUAUGACUCUAAGGUGUA